AUGAAUGAGAAUGAUGUAGUUAAACUAGCACAUGAGAUCUUCUUCAAUGAUCACAAGAUCAAAUUUAAUCUUCGACAUGUGUGGGACGAGCUAAGGUAUGACCAGAAAUGGUGUGAAGCAUCUAGUAGUAAGAUUGAUGGAAGCUGUAAGAAGAGAAAGUGUGACGAUGGUGCUCAGUCCUCAAGCUCUUACGCAACUACCAAUGAUGCUGAGCAACGUCCUCCUGGUGUCAAGGCAUCGAAACGAGGAAGUGGUAAGAGAAUCGGUGAAGCCCUCAAGGGUGUCUCUGAGUUUCAGAACUUGUGGGCAAUUAAGGAGAAAGAUUUGGAAGUGAAAGAGAGACUGUCCAAGAUGGGGCUGCUUGAGACUCUCAUUGCCAAAAAAGAGACACUAUCUGACUUUGAAGAAGCUUUAAAAAAGAAGCUUAUUACAGAAAUGUUGGGCGGCUCAGAGUAUUUUCUGGUUCUGUUUCCGAAGGGUGUUGUGUUCAUCACAUAGUGGAGCAUUGCAGUGGAAAAACAGAAGUGUUUUGUUGUUUUCUUGUGUCAGUCUUAUGUCUUUGUUGGUUUGUUGUGUCACGGAAGUAGCUAUGUCUUUCUUGGUUUGUUGUGUCACGGAAACAGCUUGGUCUUUCUUGGUUUGUUGUGUCACAAGACU